UAAAAAAGUUGAUUUUAACAUGAUACUGCCCCUUUAAGCUCAAUUUCUGUAAAAAUUACUUGUUUGGGUAGGUUGAGUCCAAUGCUUACUUCCUGAGAGUUUCAUUCAAAUCUGGGUUCAUGAGAUGUUUUAACAGACACAGGCCGAGACGUUAUCACCAGCUUUAUUUGCUUUUAGGAAGCAGAAAUUGUUAGAAACUUUGCCACAGGAGAAACAGACCCAUGUGGGGAAAACUCUCCAGACAAUAACUGCUUUUCUCUCCUCCUCCUCAGAUGUGCACCCCAGCCAACACGCCAGCGACGCCCCCCAACUUCCCCGACGCGCUGACCAUGUUCUCCCGGCUGAAGGCAUCCGAGAGCUUCAACAGCAGCAGCGGCGGCAGCCCCAUGGCCACCAACAUGGCCACCUCGCCCCCUCCCCCCCAGGUCGGCGGCUGGGGCGUCCCGCCCAGCGUGCCCAACGUGCCGCAGCCCCAGCAAGGACUCUGGACUCAGGGGCAGCCCCCCAUGCAGCCCUGUCCCGCCUGGCCCAUGGGCGUGGCCCCACACACGGGCGCCGAGCAGAAGGCUAGCGUAGCCAUGGAGGCGGAGAGAUGAAGGGACUGAAACAACACCCGCCCCCCUCCCUCCGUUCAAACUCAGGGAGGGA